CCUUCAUAAGUUAUAUUAAUUCUACUAAUAAUUUUAUCAAAUUUACACAUUGGAAGGGCUAUUUAUACUGUUUGAAGAACUAUAAGGAAUAUACAUCCUAGUAUUCCGUCGAAAUUCACCGUUAAUCGGAUGAUGGCUGUAUAAGUACUUUAAAUUGGAUCAUAGGUGGGGCCGUAUCCGACAGGGCUAGUGGCGCUCGGCAACGAACAUAAACAUUUACCUACCAACACGCUGGUGUGACAUGGGAUUUUGUGCUCUUUCAACUAAAUCCACAAUUCAGUAUCGAAGUUGUCGCAUUACGAUAGAACCUACGCAUCAUCGCGCCCUAACCAAAAUAAUCCGAUACUCCAACCGAACUCGAUUCGAAGGACCAAAAUGGCUUCCGCAUUUGAAUCAUCCCUAUCGUCGAGCCUAAGCGGCCGACAAACGCUUUCCACGACAGCCCCCUCCAUGGCUGAUUCGCUCCCCAGCAUCAACUUCGGCUUCGACGAACUGCGCGACCGUAUGGCCAAAUUCAGUGCGAGAUUUGACGCUUUCAUUGAGCAAGGGCGCAAACGUGUGCUAGAAGAGCGCAACCAAUUUCGGAUGAAUAUCGCUGAACUACAAGAGGACCAGCGCAUGAAGAAAAAGGACAUGGAAAUCCUACAACACAAAACAACCACCCACCAACAAAUGAUAUCCAAAGAAGCCGCCGAGACCCGCGAAAUGCAAGCAGCCAUCGCCUCGCUAACCGAGCAACGAGACAAGAACAAAGCCACACGCGACACCCUCCAACAACAAAUCGCCGAAACACAGAAAGAAAUCGACGCGCGCUUAGCAGCUCAGAGAGCACACGCGCAGUACGUAGAAUCGCAAUCACGUUUCAACGUGCCAGAACUAGAUUUCUGGAUGCAGAACCUGUGUCUGAAGAUUGAGGGCGCGGGACAGACGGAUAGGCUAAGAUUCGUGUACACGCAUGUCGACGAACGUAAUUGGGAGCGCGAGGCUUGGUUCGAGCUUAGCAUGUCAGCGAAGGAUUACGAUGUGCGUCGGUGCAGGCCUAAGAUUGAGAAGGAGAAGAUUGAUCGUGUGCUUGAGCGCGUUAAUGAGACGAGGGAUUUAGCGGUGUUGUUGAAGGGGAUGAGGGAGCUUUUCGUAGAGGCUAUGAAGUCUUAAGGAAUUAAAUUCCAGGCAUUAAUGCGAUUUGGCCAUGCUUAUGACGAGAUACGAAUUUAUAGGCGUUGGGAGUUUAAUAACCGCGAUGCCUUGAUCGGUAGAAUUAGGUUGAAGCAUGGAUGGUGGGGGUUAGAUUUUUAAUACUGGCCAAUAAACAAUUGGCUUCUCGCUUUUCUAUAUGAAUACCUUACCCAGUAAA